AGCGGGCAGAGGGGCCCGGACCGGGGCCGACGGGCCGGUACCAGGCGUGACGGGCCCACACAGGGCCUGGCGGGCCCGUACCGGGGAUGACGGGCCGGUACCGGCAGUGACAGGCCCGUACCGGUGUCCCGGGUCUGUAUUGGUGCGACAGCCCCGUAUCAAUGUAACGGCUCCGUUCCGGUGUCCCGGGCCGGUACCGAUGUCCCGGGCCACGGCCCCGCCCCGCCGGGCCCCGCAGCCCCCGAGCAGGGGGCUCAGAGUCCCGGGGCAGCGGCGGGACCGCCCUGUGCCAAAGCUCCGGUGGCGCCGGGGGAGGUUCAGUUGGAUAUCGGGAAAAACCUCCUGGAAAGGGCCGUCCGGGGACACCCCAGCCCGGGGGGUGUGACAGCCCCGGAGGUGGCACCUGGGGACAGGGGCGCGGGGGCCCUGGGCCGGGCUGGGGGAGAGGGGUUGGACCCCACGGGGGUUUCGACCCGAGGGGGUUCCAUGGCCCGAGCCAGCAUCCCAAACACCCCCAGUCCUGCGGGACCCUGAGACCACCUUUAAAUGGAGCCUUUGGGGCUGUUCAGGGACACGGAACCGCGGCUGGGCCGGGCCCAGCUGAGCUGAGACCAGCUGAGCCAAACCGAGUCGGGCCGUGCUAAGCUCAGCCCAGCCCAGCUCAGCCAUGGUAAAUCCAGGUCAGCCCAGCCCAGCCGAGCCAAACUGAUCCCAGCUGAGCCCAACCGAGCCAAGCUGAGGCCAGCCCAGCCCAGCCGAGCCAUGCUCACCUGAGCCCAGUACAGUCCAGCCCAGCUGAGCCAAACCAAGCUGAGCUGAGCUGAGCCAUCCAAACGGAGCAGAGCCAUGCUGAGCUCAGCCAAGCCGAACCUGCCCGAGCCAAACCAUGCCGAGCUGAGCUUAGCCGUGCCACACCGAGCCCGGGCCAUGCUGAGCCGAGCCGAGCCAAGCCCUGCCCACCUAAACCGAGCCGAGCCGUGCUGUGCCGAGCUGAGCCCAACGCAGGCGAGCCAAGCCGAGCCCAGCUGUGCCUGGCUGAGCCGAGCCUAACCGAAAUGAGCCCAGCCGAGUCCGGCUGAGCCGAGCCGAGCCAAACUGAGCCCAGCUGUGCUCGGCUGAGCCGAGUCCAGCGAGCGAUCGAGCGGCUGCGCGGCCCGGCCGUUCCCGCCGGAGCUGUCCAGCCCCAUCCCGCCUCUCCCGGCGCUCCUGCCGUUCCCGCAUCCCGCUCCCGCUGCUCAUCCCGAUCCCGCUCAUCCCGAUCCCGACCCCGCCAUGCGGGAGCGAUGAGCGCAGCCGCCCCGCCCGGCCAUGGAGGAGGAUUUGUUCCAGCUCCGGCAGCUCCCGGUGGUGAAGUUUCGCCGCACCGGGGAGAGCUCCAGGUCAGAUGAGGAUGGAAUUUCAGGAGAGCACGAGGUGCAGAUUGAGGGGGUCAGGACAGAGUUAGAACCUGUGGAGCUGGAGGAUGGAGCUGCAGUGCCAAAGGAAUUUGCCAACCCCACGGAUGAUACUUUCAUGGUGGAAGAUGCGGUGGAAGCCAUUGGAUUUGGGAAGUUCCAGUGGAAGCUCUCUGUCAUCACCGGAUUAGCCUGGAUGGCAGAUGCCAUGGAAAUGAUGAUUUUAAGCAUCCUGGCUCCCCAGCUCCACUGUGAGUGGCGAUUGCCCAGCUGGCAGGUGGCUCUGCUCACCUCGGUGGUGUUUGUGGGAAUGAUGUCCAGCUCCACCCUCUGGGGAAACAUUUCAGACCAGUAUGGGAGAAAAACAGGCCUGAAGAUCAGCGUGUUGUGGACACUCUACUACGGGAUCCUCAGUGGGUUUGCUCCCGUGUACAGCUGGAUCCUGGUGCUGAGGGGCCUGGUGGGAUUUGGGAUUGGAGGAGUGCCUCAGUCGGUAACUUUAUAUGCUGAGUUCCUUCCAAUGAAAGCCAGAGCAAAGUGCAUUUUAUUAAUAGAGGUUUUCUGGGCCCUUGGGACUGUGUUUGAGGUGCUCCUGGCAGUGCUGGUGAUGCCCACACUGGGCUGGCGCUGGCUCCUCAUCCUCUCUGCCCUCCCACUCCUGCUCUUCGCUGGCCUGUGCUUUUGGCUGCCAGAGAGUGCCAGGUAUGAUGUGUUGUCUGGGAACCAGGAGAAAGCACUUGCCACUUUGAAGAGGAUAGCAACAGAAAAUGGAGCUCCAAUGCCUCUGGGAAAACUGGUCAUUUCCAGACAGGAAGACCGAGGAAAAAUGAAGGACCUCUUCACCCCCCAUUUCAGAUGGACCACGUUGUUGCUCUGGUUUAUAUGGUUUUCCAAUGCCUUUUCAUAUUAUGGGUUAGUUUUAUUAACUACGGAGUUCUUCCAAGCAGGAGAUGUUUGCAGCAUAUCCAGCAGAAGGCAGGAAGUUAAAGCAAAAUGCAGCCUGACCUGUGAGUAUCUGACAGAGGAGGAUUACACAGACCUGCUCUGGACAACCCUGUCAGAAUUCCCUGGGGUGUUGGUGACACUCUGGAUCAUCGACCGGAUUGGCCGCAAGAAAACCAUGGCCCUGUCCUUCCUUGUGUUCUCAUUUUGCAGCCUCCUGCUGUUCCUCUGUGUUGGAAGGAAUGUUCUGACUGUGCUGCUCUUCAUUGCAAGAGCCUUUAUUUCAGGAGGAUUUCAGGCUGCUUAUGUUUACACUCCUGAGGUUUAUCCCACAGCCACACGUGCUUUGGGCCUGGGAACAUGCAGUGGAAUGGCAAGAGUGGGAGCCCUCAUAACCCCCUUCAUUGCACAGGUGAUGUUGGAAUCCUCAGUGUACCUGACCCUGGUGGUUUACAGCGGCUGCUGCCUCCUGGCCGCCCUGGCCUCCUGCUUCCUGCCCAUCGAGACGAAGGGCCGUGGCCUCCAGGAGUCCAGCCACAAGGAAUGGGGCCAGGAGAUGGUGGGGAGAGGAUCUCACUCCCCAGGGGAAUCACAGGAGUGAUGGCACAUGGAAAGAAUGAAUGACUGGAGCAAGAUUUCUCACAAAACCUCCGAGCCUGAAGCAUCGAAAGCUGAGCCUCGUCACUGCCAACGUCACGUGUCAAACUGCAGGAAUCUGGGGGUGAACCUCAGCAAAUUGUGUCUCUGCUGCUCUUUGCUCACACUCAUAGAAACUUUCCAUCUGUAUGGAGAGGGAUUUAAUCCAGACAUCCUCUGGAGUUUAGCAGGAAGGGUGUUUCUCUGUUGUGCUUGCAUGGUCAGCUCUUCAGCUUCAAACGUCCCGUGCUGAGCAAAUCACCAAGUGACUGCAGCCCAGCAUCAGCUGUAACUAAAUACUGAACUCUUGAGCCUAAAAACAAGAGGUUGAUAUUUAUUGUGUCCCUGGCCCUGCACAGGGUGGGUUCCACACACUACACUAGGAAUUACAUGCCUGCCUUGCACUUUUAGCCAUCAAAAACACAAAAUGUGGUUCUGGCAAACCAACCUUUGCAGUUCCCCUGGUUGUGGGUUCUGUUCCUGGAGAUUUAACUGGGAAGGAUUGCAUGGAAAUGAAUUCCUGAAUGUUUCUCCCAUCCCAGCAGGUAAUUGGAGCCCUGAGGGUGGUAUUUGCUGCAGAGCUGAAACCUUAUAUCACAAAUAUAAAUCAUAGAAUCAUUAAGGUUGGAAAAGACCUCCAAGAUCAUCAAGUCCAGCUUUUAAAUCCUCAUGGUUUGUAGGAGAAUUUGAGUUCUCUGACAUUGCUAGAAACCUUGAACUCUCUGUCUUGCUUGGUGUGGGGAGGUGCUCACUGCUGCGGUUCUGUCCAUGGAUCCAGGUGUGUCCCUGCUCCAUUUACCUGAGCACCUUCCCACAGUGUAGCCAGUAUCUGAGUUGGAAGAGCUGCUGUUGGGAUGGAGCUGCUUCCAAGUGUCUCCCAAAAAAUGCUGGCCUCCUUACAGCUGGGCAGGACUUCUCCAGAGCUGCUGAUUGUACAUUGACUGGUGACAAAGGAAUGUAGCUGGAAUUGUGACAUAAAAGGAGCAAAAGUCACAGGAAGAGCCAAACUGCAAUGACCCCUGGAUGAGGAACAUCCCUCCCUCAGGUGUGGCUCCUCGAGGUGAUGGUGCUGCUCUUGUCAGGGAAUGUCAUGGAGUUCAGGUGAAGACAAGCUCAGAAAUCUGUCACUGGGCAGGAAAUCCCAUUGCAGAGCCUAUGGGAAUGUGUGAGGAUCUGAGAUGUGCCUCCUCCAUUUCCCAGUGUAUUUUCAGGAUUCCAAAUUAUGGAACACAACCAAAUGUGAGGGACAUGGAGUCUGUGCUCAUCCUGGGAUGUGUUUUCAUAGUCUGUCUGAUCAGGUGUCUCACAUAAACACAGGUAAGUGUGCAGCACAUUUUUGCACAGUUGAAUAUUUUAGGUGUCCUGGGAAGCAGGUCCUGUUCCUGGGGGCAGGAAUAGGUCACUGAGCCCCUGUUUGGGGGCAGUACAAGUGAACCCUGUUGGGCUCAGCUGUCACUGGGGGUCUCCCAGCACUGUGUGAUGCUCCACCACACAUCAGGCUCAUUGUUCAGAGACUGGAGGGAAAACAGAAGUGGAUAAUUCCUUAAAAAAACUGAGGAAACUCAGGCUAAGGAAGAAGGCCAAAGAGGUUGUUGGUGUUGUGUGUGUGGGGGUGUUCUCUGGGAACAGGCACAGUUUGCCAAGGCACCAGAGUGUCCAUCCAGUCCCCACUGAUGGCUCAGUGGAAGAUUCCAGGAGUGGUUGGUGUAAACAGGCAAAGUUGGCUUUUCCCAGCUACACAGAAAUGAAUUCAUCUCCCAGGGGAUCCC